GUGGGGUGGACUGGUGGGUGGUGGAGGGGGUGACUGUGGGGAUGGAGGUGGUGGUUUGGGAAAUAAAAAGAAAAAAAAAAUUAAAGUUGGAAAUAUUUGAUGAGAUCGCGACAAUAUUAGGAAGUUUUAGGGGAUGAUCGUUAACAUUCUAGUCAUCUAGGGUCCAAGUCCAAUUUUUUUUUUUUUUUUUUUUUUGUUUCUUUAAAGAAACUUUUGACAUCAACUGAUCAUGCUCAUUGCUCGCAGCAUCAGAAAUCUACUUUUUCUUGCCAACAAGAUUUCCUGAGGUCAUAGACUCCCACUUUCCUUCUACUGCUCUCCCCCUUAAUCUCUCUCUCUCUCUCUCCUCCACCCUAAACUGCGCACAAAUGUCGAACCGAUCAACGCAUCACAGGCAAGAUUCCAGCAACUUCAACAACAGCAGAGGUUUCCGAGGCAAAACUCAGACGAAAUUCGUGGCAAAAACCAACCUUUCUUCUUCUUCUUCACUUCCAUUUCCUAACCCUAGUUUCUCCGCUUCUGUGCGCCAAUCUCAACCCCCAAAUUCAGCUUCAUCCACACUUCCAUUAGCCAACAAUGGCGGCGGCGGUGGUGGUGGUGGUGGUGGCAAUUUCGUAAAUUAUCUCCCUCAAGAUGAAGCUGUUGCUGUUGGUCGCAGUGCUGAAGAUGGUGGUUUAGAUCCUCUUGAGUCUCAACGAGUUGUUGAUCUUCUUAACAGAGAGUUGGCUAGCUUGCUCAAGCUUAAACCUAGAGAUUUUUGGCGAGCUGUGGCAGUAGAUGCAUCCUUGCACGAUUUUCUUGACAGCUUCCUGCAGUUUAGGAGUAGAUGGUAUGACUUCCCUUAUCAUGGAGCCAAGGGAAUUGUUGCUGGUGUUAUUGUUGGGGACUUGGAGCUAAGUCGCCGUGUUUUGAUGCUUUUGUAUAGAAUAUCUUCUAAUAAGGAUCCUGGUUCUCGGGUCACAGACAGCCUAAGUCAGAAAGAACAUCAAGUCCUUCUGCAGGAAAAGAAGUUGCUUGAUUUGCCCAAGUUGUUGGAUAUAUGUGCGGUAUAUGGUCAUGAAAAUGAAGAUUUGACAAGAUCACUGGUUUCAAAUGCUAUUAAUGCUCAGCCUGAUAUCUACAGAAGCUUUACUUCCAUGCUGUCUCAUUUUUUGGGUAUUGUUCACACAAUGUAUGAACGUUGCAGGUCAUCUUUGGAGGCUUUGAUAUCUGCUGGUAGCUGUGAGGACAAUGGGGCUAGUAUACGUCAUCUAGAAUACUUGGAGGUGAUGGACUUCUUAAACGACGCUGUUGUAUCAAUGGACACAUUUGUUAGUGCUUAUAGGCCUGUAGCUGUUUACUUCUCUUGCCCUAUUGAUGCUAGUCAUGGUAAUGAGGAAUUGAUUAAUGUUCUUGCAACUUUGCAUGACUCGCUGUUACCCUGUUUACGACAAGGACUACAAAUCAUCUUAGCAGCUGGGGAGAAUUCAUCUCCCAUGCUUUCUGAUGUAUCUGUUAGUUUGAGAAUUUUAUCUUCAAGAUUAGUUGGUAUUGGCUGGAAAUUACUGGAUAAUUGUUACCUCAGUCAUGAGCUUUUCAAUGAUAACCUUCCCUUUCCUGCUGCCAUGAAGAUGUUUCCUGGUAGUGUUGAGGAUCCUGUUAUAAGGGCUGAUAUAUUGGUUCAAACUUUUAAGGAGAUUGCUGCAGUUCCUCAGCAUGCUCAGGGAAAACAUCACAGGGGUACAUUUCUUCAAAAUAUUGAAAGAAAUUACCAAAUCAUGCAUAGAAUUCAGAGCUUGAAACAAAGUGGGUGGAUUUUCAUAGAUGAUGACCAAUAUCAAUACUUGACUGGGAUAAUGACGCAUCCAUUGCCCGUCAUUUCUAAAAAGUUACCUAAUGCUCUAAACAACUCUGUUGGAAAUGAUGGCUUGCAAAUGGAAGAAGAUGCAGCCAUAUCAGAGUCAAAAAUCAGUCAAGUGAAAGACCUUUUCCCUGAUUAUGGAAAAGGUUUUGUAUCAGCUUGUCUUGAAGUCUAUGACAACAAUCCAGAGGAGGUGAUUGAAAGGAUUUUGGAGGGAACUUUGCAUGAAGAUUUACGCAGACUGGAUACUUCAAUGGAGACGGUUCCACCUAAGUCUGCUCAAUCGGUGACCAAGAAAGAUAAGGGAAAAGGAAUAUUAGUUGAAUCUACAGAAUUCCCUCCUACCAAACCAAUCUCAUUACCUCAGAAGCCAAAGCAUGAAGCAGUUUCAUCAUCAGGAUCUUCCGUAGCACCGUCAGCUGGGCGAUUUAUCAGAAAAUCUAAAGGUGACCAACCUGAUCAUGAUGCUUUUGGUUCAAGAGAUGAAAAGCACACGGAGAAGACAACUGCUUUGAUGUCACAGUAUGAAUACGAAGACGAGUAUGAUGACUCUUUCGAUGACCUUGGCAUGACCCUUAUGGAGUCUGGUGUGGAGGAGACGGAGAUUUUAGGUGAGAGAAUCAGUUCAAAAUCGAGUGUGUCUUCAAGGCCUGAAAGGCAAGGUUCAGCCUCUAGCGGUGCUAGUUCCAAAUGGAAUUCUAAACAGAAACCUCAGUUUUAUGUCAAGGAUGGUAAAAAUUACAGUUAUAAGGUGGAAGGAUCUAUUGCAGCUACUGAUCAAAAGCAAGCAUCUUUGAUUACACAAGCUCAGCAAGAACUAAUACACGGACUUGGACGUGGUGGUAACCGUCCUCUUGGUGCUGUUAAGGUGCUAGAAGAGCAAAAUGAAGUAAAAGGGGAAGGAUCCAAUCCUUCAAAUGUGGAUGGUGUAGGUGAUGGUGGAAGAGGAAGAGGAAGGGGACGUGGGCAACGAGGUGGUGGAAGAAAUAAUCAUUACAGAAAGGAUAGAGCCAUGAAGAAGCACAUGACUGGAUUGAGUGGUUUUUAGGUAAUAUAUACUUACACAGGUCAUAACUAAAGGCUGUAUAGUCAUUUUGUUAUUCACAGUUUUGGAAACUUGCUAGUGUAUUUUGUUUCCUUACCAAAUUCUUACAUCAUCCAAUACAAGUACAAGAAAAUAACAUAAUGCUGGAAUUCUGGAAUA